CUGGGUCUGUUUUGUAUAAUGGCUUCCCACUUCUCACUGCUUGAUCUCUUCCUUCUGCUACUGUUCAUGCUGCCGUUUUCAGCCAACUCGCAGAGCUACCGCAAUGUAACCUUGGGCACAACUCUCACCGCCGGAGCAUCUAGCAACGACCGCUGGCUAUCCCCUUCUGGCGAUUUCGCAUUUGGGUUCCAACGCAUCAACAACAGCCGCGGCGAAGGCGACGGCUAUUUGCUCUGCGUAGUGUUCGACAAAAUGCCUGAGAGAACCGCCGUGUGGUCGGCCAACCGAAACGAGUUGGUUCCCAAUGGAUCGACGAUUCAGCUGACCGCCGACGGCCAAGUUGGUUCCGGUCGGUUGGUCCUAGCCGACCCAUCAGGCCGGGUAGUCUGGACGCGGAACCCGGGGCCCGGCUCCCCUGCCACCGGCGCGGCGAUGUUGGACACCGGCAAUUUCGUGGUGACAGGGCGAGAUUUAUCUUAUUUGUGGGCGAGCUUCAACGAGCCGACUGAUACUCUGCUGCCGUCCCAGUUUCUGGUUCGAGGCGCGCAACUGAUUUCUAAGUACUCGAGAUCGAAUUUCUCGGAAGGGAGAUUCAAGUUGGCUCUGCAACCCGAUGGGAAUUUGGUCCAGUACACCACAACUUAUCCUCAAAUGGGUAACAACUUUCCGUAUUGGGCCAGUUCAACAACGACAGCUACAAGAGUGAUUUUCAACCAGACAGGGAUGCUGUAUCUAGCUUCCAGCAAUGGGACGGUUGUUAGUUAUGUGUUUAGGAAUGGAGAAUCCAGCCAAGAGUUUUACCAGAGGGUAACUCUCGAUCAUGAUGGAGUGCUAAGGUACUAUGCCACUCCAAAUGGUGUU